AUGACGCGGUCGCGCUCCGAUGACAUCAUGUCCGACUUCGUCAGGUGUGUGGGGGGAGAGACGGCGGAGUUUGCCGUACGGAGCCAUGGCGACGACCCGGAGGCGGGGUCUGCCGCCCGGGCCCGGGGUCGGGGUGAGGCCGGAGCCCGGGGUCGGGCCCGGGCCCGGGGUCGGGGUGAGGCCGGAGCCCGGGUCGGGGUGAGGCCGGAGCCCGGGCCCGGGGUCGGGGUGAGGCCGGAGCCCGGGGUCGGGGUGAGGCCGGAGCCCGGGCCCGGGGUCGGGGUGAGGCCGGAGCCCGGGGUCGGGGUGAGGCCGGAGCCCGGGCCCGGGGUCGGGGUGAGGCCGGAGCCCGGGGUCGGGGUCGGGGUUAAGGUUCUGUCUGCGCGAGAGACCGAGGAAGAGGAACUGGAUCCCCGGAUACAGGAGGAAUUGGAACAUCUAAACCAGGCCAGUGAAGAGAUCAACAAAGUGGAACUCCACCUUGACGAAGCCCGGAACACAUACCGGAAAAUUCUGUCGGAGUCAGCGAAAAAGCUAAAAGCUCAGGGUUCACAGCUCGGCAGCUGCAUAGAGAAAGCUCGUCCCUAUUAUGAGUCUCGACGGCUCGCCAAGGACGCCCAGCAGGAGACGCAGCGAGUUGCCCUGAGGUACGAGCGAGCUGUCAGCAUGCACAACGCUGCCCGGGAGAUGGUGUAUGUGGCGGAGCAGGGGCUGAUGGCUGAUCGUAACCGACUGGACCCCACCUGGCAGGAGAUGCUGAACCACGCCACAGCCAAG